UCAUCUCAUAGAGCUUCUUAUUUUGUUGAAGAUGCCACGACGAAGUAGGUUGGUUGUUGUAUCAGAUUUUGUUCUAUCUUUCACGUGGCUAUGUUCUGGUGUUCUGGUUCGAUUAUUCGUCUUCAAAAUUCUCGGUUUUUCUAAUACUGAUGAUCAUGUUGCUGAGUUUAUGAAGCUCUCAUUUUCCAUAGCCAACAUGUUCUUGUUUGCUUUCCUUGCCAAGGUUUCUCGUGGCGGUGCUUACAAUCCUCUCGCUGUUUUGGUUGAUGCUAUCACUGGAGAUUUUUGUAACUUCUUUUUCUGUGUUGGUUUCAGAAUUCCUGCUCAGGUGGUUGGAUAUAUUGUUGGAGUAAAACUUGUGAUUGGUGCUAUUCCUGAAGUAGGACAUGGACCACGUUUGAAUGUUGACAUUCUUCAAGGAGCAUUGACAGAAGGAAUAUUAACAUUUGUAAUUGUAACCACUUCACUUGUGCUUUCCGCAACAAGAAUCCACAAAAGUUUCUUCAUGAAGACUUGGAUUUCCAGCCUAUCUAAGUUAACACUUCAUAUACUUGGCUCUAAUCUAACCGGUGGUUGUAUGAACCCCGCUUCUGUAAUGGCAUGGACUUAUGCUCGUGGGGAUCCUAUAACAAUGGAACACAUCUUUGUAUAUUGGAUUGCCCCUGUAAUGGCAACUAUUCUGGCAAUGUGUACAUUCAGAUUAUUAGUACGACGUUUUAAAACAGGCUCAAAAAGUAAAUCAGAUUAA